AUGCUCUAUUUCAUUUACAACACAGAGGGGGUCGGUGUGGUGGUGGCGCACUGCUUGAGAGAAGGAGAGUUUGUCGCCCAGGUGAGGGCACUGAGGCACUGUGGAAAGGGUGUGGUUGCGCUGGCUGCCCCGCCCCGCCAUGCUCUAUUUCGUGUACAACAGCGAGGGGGUCGGGGUGGUGGUGGCGCACUGCUUGAGAGAGGGAGAGUUUGUCGCGCAGGGAGGGUCAGGGUGGGGGUGGCGCACUGCUUGAGAGAAGGGGAGUUUGUCGCGCAGGUGAGGAGCACGUUUGAGGCACCCCAGGAGGGCGUGGGGGUGGGGGUGGCGCACUGCUUGAGGGAAGGGGAGUUUGUUGCCCAGAUUCCUCUCUACUCGGACGGCAAGAAUGUGCCAUCACAAGAGGACUGUGAGCGCAUGGUGCGGGCGUUGAUAGGGGAUUCUUCCAUCCCCAUCGCCAUCCGUUCUGUCAAGCCCUGGAUCAUGGCUGCUCAAGUCGCCUCUCACUACCUCGCUGCACCGCCGCCAACCCCUUUACACCGCCCAGCACCAGCAUUGCUUGCGGCUUCGUCCCACGUCGCCUCACAAAACCUCUCCACACCACCACCAACCGCUUCGCACCACCCGAUACCUUCGCACCACCCGGCACCAGCACUGGGCAGUGAGGGGCAUAACACUGGGGAGGGGUACGACUCAUAUGAGCCGCGUGUCAUCCUAGUCGGGGAUUCAGCCCACCGCUUUCCCCCGGCUGGUGGCUUUGGCAUGAACACGGGCAUUCAGGACGCGCACAACCUCGCAUGGAAGCUCGCAGCUCUGCUCCAAGGCACCGCCUCCCCCGCCCUGCUCUCCACAUACGAGGCAGAGAGGCGCCCAGUGGCCGUGGAAAAUACCCAUUUGAGUGUCAGCAACUUCGAGUCUGCUCUGGCUGUCCCCAGAGUCCUGGGUCUGGAACCCAACGCUGCCAGCCUUUUCUCAGCUGCCCUUACCUCUUCAACAGCCAAUCAGUUCCUGCCACGUCAGCUCCAGGCGACCCUCAUAGAGGCUGGGCUAUCAGCAGGGCGACAGCUGCUGCUCUCUGAUUGGCUGCUGAACCCAGCCAAUCCUGUGGGAAGAGAGCGGCUGGCAGCGGUGCAGAGGAGUUUGGUGGAGGGGAAGAGCCUGCAGCUACUUUUCCCACAGCACGACUUGGGUUUUAGGUACAAGAGCGGCGCCCUAUCCCUCUCUACUUCAGACGUCCCUCAAGCAGCAGCAUACGAUUCCCAAGCUCGAACAGCCAGCUCCACCUCCUUCACUCCCUCCACUCUCCCCGGCGCCCGCCUGCCACACCGCACGCUCACCCUGCUGCUGCCCUCCGCUGCUGCAACAACGGGCCAUCAGUCCAAAGAGCCGCCGGGUGCAAGCAGCACACGUGGGUCCAAGGGAACCGCAUCACCUCUCGAAUUCGAAAUCGGCCCUUCUCUUUCCUCCAUCGACCUCUCUCCUCUCGGCUCCAUCACCCCCACUCUCCUCCUCCCUCUCGGCCCCCACACUCCCCUCUGGCUCGCCUCCUCUCUCCGCGCACACUCCCUCACUUGCCUCCCCCUCCGUCUCGUCCUCCUCGCUCCCCACCCCUCCUCCUUCUCCCCUCUCCCUUCCCUCCUUGCUCCUCUCGGCCUCUGCGUAGAGCCUGCUAGCACGGAAGGGGGUGGUGGUAACCGUGUAACAGGGAAGGGAGUCAGUGCAAGCGAGUUUAGAGACCGCAUCCCACCCAGGCAACAACACGCCGAUACAGCCGGUUCAGCUGGUAUGGGAGAAGCAGCGAGCACAGCAGAGGAGAGGGGUGCAGAGAGGGGGGAGUGGUUGGCAUGGUUGGCAGGGGUGGGGGAGUCGGGUGCUGUUCUUGUAAGGCCUGAUGGGCACGUGGCAUGGCGCAUGAUGCACCCACCUGCUGCUGGGACUGGCAGUGGUGCUGAUGGGGUUGGCAGCGGUGCUAAUGGAACUCGCAGUGGUGCGGCUGGUAAUGGCAGUGGUGCUGAUGGGACUGGCAGUGGUGCUGAUGGGAUUGGCAGCGGUGCUGCCAAAUCUUGUGAUGGUGUGCAGUCACAUGAGUCCAUGUCAGAAGCUGCUGAUGACAUUGCAGGAGCUCUGCGAUGUGUAUUUGGAUGGGAGGACUUAUAUCAAUUGCAGGAGCAAUUGCAUUCAUAG